AUGGAGAGCUUGUUAUCCGCAAUGCAAUCUUUCGUCGGUUCCACGGCGGCUUCUGGGUCUCAACCUCUCGACGGAGACAGCAUUUCAUCAUCCACGUCUUGUUCGAAUACCACUCUAGGAACCCCCGCGAGCACGACUCUGGGCUCCAGAGAGGGACCGACAUUCGCGACGGACUCGGUUGCCACAGUCUCACCGAAUCAAAAUCCGAUAUUUCUGUCUCAUCAUUGUUCUCUCUCUACCCCUGCUCCAUCGCCAAAUCAAGCAGACGAACGGCUCGAUUUUUUCCGAUCCCGAAUGCUGCCAUCUUUUCCUUUCAUCGACCUUACCCCAGACAUGACAAGCCGGUAUCUGCGCCAAAACAGGCCUUUCUUGUUCCAAGCCAUCCACACCGUUACCACGUUCUCGACACAGGAAAGACUGACUCAAGUUGAGGAGCUGAAGCGCCUCCUGUUCACAUCUGCGUUGCUCAAAGUCCAGUCAAAUAUCGACCUGCUGCUUGGAUUACUAACGUAUUUAGCAUGGAGUACUGACCCUUUUCUUGGCAGAGCAGACCUCGUCUCUCGCCUCAUGAUGCUCGCCAUGUCACUAGUAUAUGAUCUGCGAUUGUUCAAACCAUCCUCACCAGACGUGCAAAUUAUGAUGGCUAUUACCCAGGGGCGGGCUGACGAACAUAUCGAUGGAACGCCCUAUGGUUUAUUGGAAAGGCAGCGAGCAGUUCUGGCGUGUUUCAUUUUGAGCUCGAAUAUUUCGUCACACCUUGGGCGUCAAGACGCUAUACGAUGGACGCCUCAGAUGGAAGAGGCGCUUCGAGUCAUCACAAUAAGCAAAUCAUGCCCUGCGGAUAGGUUAUUUGCCUCUCAAGUACGCUUGCAGUUGUUAAAGCAAAGAGCGGAUGACGUCCGACAACAGGACGAGGCUCGCACAGGAACAGCUCCUGCGGCGGCUUCAGCUCCUCGCUUAUUGUAUCUCAAGACUUUACGAAGGGAGCUGCAUGAGCUAAGAUCUUCAUUCCCCCCGGAUCUCCACCAGAUAGAUCUAUCUGGACGAAUGGGUAACGGUGGCACCUUGCUGGGAUUCGAACGCCUGGAGUGUCUGUGGCAGUCGGUGGAGAACAUCAAGUCUUGGCUGGACAAUUUCUACAGAAUCCCUUGCUCGAAACUUGUCGGCCAGCCCUUUCAUUUCUGGUCACAGAUGAUUCUGACCAUCACGCUCUUGAAAUAUCUAUCAACACUUCAAGACCCAGAAUGGGACUGCCAAGCGGUGCGGAACACAGUUCACCUAAUAUCAACAAUGGACUGUAUGCUUCAGAAGCUCGAUCUGAGCAGCAAGGAGCCGGAACUUCAGUGCAACGACCAUUUCCUCAAGUUUUUGUCCAAGCUUUUAACCAGAUAUCGCCUGUGGGCCGAAGCGCGGUGGGACGUGGCUUCUCAGAUACACGACGUGGAGACCAGGCCGGGCCAGAGUCCUAUCCCAGAUCUAGAUCAGAUGGUCUGGAUGCAGUCGAUGGAUCUGGGAGAUGAUCAGUGGUUUGAAAGUGUACUGGGUAUGCCCACGACAUUAUACUAG